CACCCCCGCACUCAAGAUCGCUCCGCCUUGGCCGUCUGUGACGACGACGCAGAACGAACCAAACAGCGCGAUGCAAGUGUGGCAGGCUUCAACUGCGUUCGUACUCUUCUCCUGUAUGACCACUAGUCUGGUCCUUGGCCAGGGUAUCACGGUACGUCUGGUGAACAACGUGACCAACGAGACUAGUUGGCUAGGCAGUCAGUACGAGGGACGUGUGGAGAUCUACAGGAAUGGCACGUGGGGCACGGUCUGCAGUGUCGGCUGGGACUUGGAGGAUGCCAACGUCGCCUGUGUCAUGGCUGGAUUUGAAACAGCCGUUCGACCUGUCACUGACGGUUUCUAUGGACCAGGUCUGUAUGUAGAGAUGCACACACACACACAUGCAUUGUAGUUCAGUGUAGAGUUUAAAACUGGUAUAGCCAGUGAUCCGAGAACUUUUGGCUUGCAGUGGACCUAAAACUUAAUUAUUUGUAUUCAACAAACACAAACUGCUGUCCCAUUACACUCGUAUACAACGUAAGUAUGACAUCCACAUAUUCCCAACAUUGUGUACGGCU